AUGGUGAAUAAUCGAUCUGUUUCUGUACCUUCCGCCGUGAUGUCCGAAUCGACCUCGGCAAUUCAUACCCUGCCCUACGAUAAACUUAUCGCGACGACAGACCCAGUGACUCUCCGGUCUGCGUCGUUUCCCCCGCCGAGUAAUCAAUCCUUUUGCUCGGAGGACCGUUCAAAUUCGUCCAGUACCUCGUCUGGCGUCCCUCAAGAUCAAGCCCCACCCGUUCUGUCGCAACGAACCACCAGACGCGGCAGAAACCGAGUGACAACCCUACCAGAGGCCGGCGCUUCCACUGUGAGCUUGCGGUCGCUGCGCAGUAUUCCCAGCAUUAUUGUUGAUGAUACAGCAUCGCGUCCCAGUUCGCGCCCCGGUUCUCGCCCCGGUUCUCGCCCCGGUUCGCGAUGGUCGGAACGUAGAUGGGGUGGGUUAAGGGGUAGAAAGUCAGGGGAGUACGAUCGGGAUGAAGAUGACACACCGCCUGUCCCUCCUAUUCAAGCGCCGUUCAACGGGAUUCCUCUGGACAUCCCGAACGCCGCGUUAGAUGGUCUUGGACCGCAAUCAAUGAGGUUUUCAAAGCGUGGCAGUCUCAUCAAGGAAGAGGAACGGCGUCAACUUCAGCAACAAAUUCAGGCGCAAGAGGCAAAACAACAAAGACUUGCGCAGAUGGACGGGGCAGAUCAACGAUUAGAAGAGCAUGUGCUUGAAGAUGAGGGCGCUACGGCUCUGCCAGCCAUGGGCUCGCCGGAACUGAAUAGCGCUGAGGAAGAACCCUUCGAUACGCCGACGAGGCGCCCCAAACCGCAAUCAACUCUCCGGGUGAGGCAUAGCGCCAUAGCCAGCCGGGCCAUCUCUGCAGACGAAGACAUGCUGUCGCGACGGGUACGCCUGAUGUAUGAGAAAGGAGAAGAGAAUGUGACCGACUCGGAGGUAGCAAGGUCCAUGGCCGCGGAGAACGGCGUUCUGUGGGAAGAUAACGCUCCCCCGAGCAUGGAAGGCUCCCGUCUGUCGGGACCCAGUAUAUCGGGGACUGAUACCCGAAGCAUUGUGUCGUCACUCGGGACAGACGGUGUCCCCGGAUUCAAACGAGAAGCACAUGAGCUUGCGGGAGGCAUUGAGUACUGGCAAAACAUCAAAGCAGGCGAUGUGGAUCGUUACGGCUUCAUUCGAUCCCCAACGUCUAAUUCCAACGAGGGAAUCGAUCCUAGUCCCAUUCAGCGUGUCUCCACAAGUUUACUUCUUGCUUCCGAAACUCCAAGGCGCAAAUAUUCCAUGCGUCCACCAUCAGCAAUAGGCCCAAAUCGCUCUUUCACCGGCCGAUCUCCGACUCGAAAGCUAUCCGAGCCAUCAAUCCGUCCGUCAUCUUCUCAGAGCACCUACAGUUCACCUUUACGGCGUUCAACCACACGAUUUCGUCGGGCGGCUAAUCAUCUUCCUCACAACCGGACCCGCCGUGUUAAGGAUGAGGCGGGCGACAUGCUCACGCUACCGACCAACGCUGUCACACCUGGGGACCGCCAGGACUCAGCUGCUGCUCGCGCAGCAAGGAAGAAGGAGUGGGAGAGGGAAGACAAAUGGACGAAGAUGGCCAAACCAAUCCGGAGCAACGAUGGAGGGGGUAUGACAUUCGAGUUCGACACCACCAGUUCGAAGUUGAUUGAACGGACAUGGAAAGGCAUACCGGACCGAUGGCGAGCAACCGCUUGGUAUGCCUUCUUAGAAGCCAGCGCCAAGCUGCACAGCGACAGCCCUUCCAAAGAGGAGCUCAUCGAGGCAUUCAAUGAAUACCAAUUGAUGUCCUCCCCUGACGAUGUCCAGAUCGACAUCGAUGUCCCCAGAACAAUCACCAGCCAUAUUAUGUUCCGCCGCCGCUAUCGUGGUGGACAGCGGCUGCUGUUCCGCGUCCUGCAUGCGAUGUCUCUGUACUUUCCUGACACCGGCUACGUUCAAGGCAUGGCGGCCCUUGCUGCUACGCUUCUUGCCUACUACGAUGAAGAACAUGCCUUUAUCAUGCUUGUCCGACUCUGGCAAUUGCGGGGUCUGGGGCGUCUGUAUCAGUCCGGCUUUGCGGGACUCAUGGAGGCCUUGGGUGACUUCGAGCGAGAAUGGCUGGAGAAGGGAGAGGUUGCUGCGAAGUUGAAUGAGCUUGGCAUCCCACCUACAGCGUACGGUACUCGCUGGUAUCUAACUUUGUUCAACUACUCCAUCCCUUUUCCCGCGCAGCUUCGGGUAUGGGAUGUGUUCAUGCUGCUCGGCGAUGCAGAAGAUCUCACGGCACCUGGAUCUUCCAUCAAGAGCGGGAAGAGAGCUCAUGUCAGUGCAUUUGGCAACGGUCUGGACGUUCUUCAUGCGACCUCAGCGGCGCUUAUUGAUGGCAUGCGUGACAUCGUCCUCGAGUCCGACUUCGAGAAUGCGAUGAAGGUUCUCACCAGCUGGGUUCCGAUCAAGGACGUGGAACUGUUCAUGCGUGUUGCCAAAACAGAAUGGAAAGUCCAUCGUCGAAAGAAGUCAUCCUAG